AUCUGAACGCGUGGUGCUCGUAGCCAAACGCACAAACAAACAGUCACGCGUCCGACCACAGAGAAAAAAAGGGUUAAGGGUGAAACCACACCGUACGGUUCGAUUUACCUUCGACACACCGCCGGGUGGUAGAGGGUGGGGGGACAGUGCACUUCGUACGUCAUCUCGGCGACUUGAUUUCGCGGAUACACACGAAAUAAAAGAAAACGUUAAACGGUGUUGUCGCGCGUGUGAUGGACUGAGUGUGUCGGACGUUUCGUCCUUUUCCAACGGCCACGUGUGAGUGGGGAGACGUGGUGUCGGACUGCCUCACGGUGCGGGUACCGGCAGGUCUCGUUACCAAGGCGGGACAUGUGCCACCCAAUGGGGGGGAAACCACCUCCGAGGAAAAAGCCUCCUUACCGGUAAUAAGAACAAUGCAGCUUAUACUAGCCGUAUACACAGUGUGCCUUCGGGAUUAGCUGAUAUAAAUCCAAUGAGUGACAGUGUAGCAUCGGAAUCCGAUUCACCUUCGAAGGAUAUGACAGCUGUUAAUGCGGCGAUCCACGAAUUGUCAGGGGUACGUCUACCUCUCCAACCCUACACGGGUGGCCACGCGGUCUUCAUGUAUUCCACGGCGUCGGACGGAAAUGUCACUUUGCAACUGAAAGAACCCGAUGAUCUAGAUCGGAAUAGCCUGGCGGCCAUGCUGGCACGUCUGCAAGACGACGCGUCCUUUUCCAUCUACACUCAGGAUACAGACAUCUUGUCCGACGGUAGCAUAGACGUACUUCUAGGGACUGGCACCUCGAAUUCUGGCGGCAACGACGCAGUGACGGCCACCUUCGACCUGUUCGACUCUUCGAGCGGGCCUGACCUCACGCUGUCCCCGCAGACAUUUACCAAUUCCACGGAGGCCUUUAUCAACGACAACUCUAACAGCUUAGGGGUCCCAACGGAUACCGAUGCAGUAUCAACAACAACAAAGGAUGACGUGAAACCAGGCAGCACGUCAUUGGAACAGGUGAAAGCAAAGCGACAAAAACCGAAACCGACAUCACCAAAUCGACAGGGUCCCCAACAGUGUCAGGUUUGCGCCAAGGUCUUCGGUAACGCAUCAGCAUUGGCCAAACAUAAAUUAACGCACAGCGAUGAAAGGAAGUACGUUUGCACAGUAUGCGGGAAAGCGUUCAAGAGACAGGACCACCUGAACGGCCAUAUGCUAACCCAUCGCAACAAAAAACCGUACGAGUGCAAGGCAGAAGGCUGCGGGAAGAGUUACUGCGACGCUAGAUCGUUGAGGAGGCACACAGAGAACCACCAUAGUCCGCCCCCUGCGACUAGCAGCAGUACCACGAUGUCGCCUGCGCAGGGUGCGGCGUCUGGCGACGCAGCUUCGCCUCACGGUUCUAGCUGCAUUCAGUACGCCCCACCUCCGAGUACUUCACCGAAAAGCGGCCAGGACAGUGGCGGCGGCGGCAACAAGAGUCAAUUGCAGCAGCUCCUUUCGACUGAACCUGCCAAGGGCCCUAGCGGAGCAAACAACGACGGGCUGACCAAACAACAGCUAGAUUUGAUCCAUCAGAUAAUGGAACAGACCCAGCGACAGUCCCAUGGGGUGACCAAAGCGAUCGUGAAGACCGUCAGUAAACAAAAAACCACGCCGACAAAGGACAGAACAAAAACAGCGUUGGUGUCCUCGACCUCGGCCACUUGGUCGACAAAUCAGCAAGCGGCGGCUCAGCAAUGUGGCGGCUCGGUGAAACCGGUAUCAGUGGGCGCCUCGAGCCCGCAAUCCAAAGUCACCACGACGACACCAUGUACAAUGUCACCCACCACCACCCCCGACAAACCGAUACCAAAACCGGUCGAGUGCAACCUCUGCCAUCGGAAGUUCAAAAAUAUACCCGCGCUCAACGGUCACAUGCGACUCCACGGCGGAUACUUCAAAAAGGUGGCUAAAUUGCACGAAAAAACUAAUACGCAGUCCCAACAGGACUCAGAUAGCAAAAAGAACGAGAAAAAAGACCAGACCGGGCCGCCACUGCAAACCGCCAGCGUGAGCGUUCGCGCCCUGAUCGAAGAGAAAAUCAUCAACAAAAGGAUCACCACCAGCUCUCCCAGCAGCGGCAGCAGUCAAGAGACCGUGUCGUCAGCUCCGAUCGACUUAGACAAAAAGAUCUCCUCUUUCGUGGUACCCGCUCCGCCCCAACAUUCACUGGAAAAGACUCGUAGACAUUCCGACGCCGAGACACUGAAGUCGUCCAAAACGCAACAAGAAGCCGAAGCGUUAGCGGAUCUGAUCCUCAAGAGGGAGAAGGUGUCCGUCAAGCGUACAACAUCUGAUCCCGGCCAAUUGUCGCAAUCUCAGUUGCUACACUUUCGGUCGGAUUCGUUUUCCUUGGGUACAGUCGAAAAUUUGCAAAACGACGAACCCCAAUUCAUUACCCCCAGCUUACAAGACGAGGUUUUCACCGACGAAACUAUGAUCCUUCAGGGGGUGGAUCCCAGCCAACUCGCCCAGAUACAAUUCCAACCGGACUCGCUCCUGCAAGACGACAACGACGGACAGCUGCAAGAACUGAACCUAGACGACAUAGCGGGCCUGCAGGAUGACUCGGUGUCCGAGCAAUCGUCUUCCUUUCCGGGCAGCAACGCGGUUAAUCAAAACCUGCAGGCGGUACUAAACUCGCCUUUACCAGAAAGUCUGGCCGAAUUUAGCACGUACCAUUCUUCCAACGCAUUGGACAUACAGUCGCCGAGUUAUCAGUCGCAUUCCCCAUUGCAAAGUCCUUUGGUGAAACAUGAUUCGCCUGGUUUCGCCUAUCCGACGCCACCGGCUAGCCACGAGGGCCAGAGUCCUUGUUUCGCCCAGAAUUUGAAUAUCCCGUUGGUAUCGCCCACCCAGGACUUUGGUCAGGUCGUGGAAAGAGGUAUAGACGAACCGCCCCAAGCAUCCUCCCCCUUGUCGGCGGCUUUUUACACCAGCACGAUGUCCAGCUCGGCCGCCGUAGAGCAAGCGAUCCAAGAGGUUUUGCCCGGAGAAAGCAUCACCGAGGAUAACAUCUAUCCCUUAUCGAACACACCGUUGUCUCUUAAAGCAGAGAACGAUUCGCUCGGUCUGACUCCCGUACCGUCUCCUAUAGUAACCACCUCCGAACCAUCUCCUCACACUUCCGCGACCUUCAGUCCGACACCUAACACGUCAUCGAUGUCGAAUCAGUGGUGUACCGGCCUAAUGCUUCCCAACUCGGACGACCCGCUGUUGUCCAGCCAACCGAAAGACUUUGUUCCUAAGAAGAGGUUCGAACUAAACGGAGUUCCCGUCAGACUGAUAAGCAACAACGGCCUGAUCGAACUGAACAGCACGAAUUUCGCCGGACUGUUGCUCGACUCGAACGGCGAGAUCAAACUGAUCCAAACGGGAGGGGGUAACUUCCAGACGAAGAAUUUUUUGGUUGCGAACGCGCAGAUAGUCACCACAACUCAGGAAGCUUCCGGUCAGGAAAAAGCGAAAGUGCUUAAAACAAACAAGACUCUUCAUUACGCAUCAACGAAACCAGUUCCUCAUCGGAUCAAGCAAGUGAUCGAAGUGAAGAAGGAAGAUAACAAUAGCGUCUUCCUUAGUCCUACAACGAUACCAACGACAAACACUUUGAGAAUAUCGAGAAAACGACAGAGAACGGAACCUCUUCAAUUACCGGUCUUCCAUCAAUCCAAGCUAAGAGCGACGAGAAGUAAGCCCCAAGGUUCGUCGCAGUACACCCCUCAGCCGAUAUUAAACCCUCAAAGGGCCGGCACCGGAUUGUACGCGAACCUGAAGCAGAAAUUCUGCGAGGACGGGUCCAAUUGGACGAACGACCCUAUCCCCGAAACGGACUCCACCCCGCAUAUAAACAUAGGUCCACAAUUUCAGUGCACGAUCCCUUCGUUCACGCUGUCCCGGAACAGAACUAACCCGGAACCGAUGCACGAGGAUUUGUUAUGGGAUCCGGGCAUAAACAACUGUUCGGACAACGAAGUUGAAAUGUAUCUAGAUUUCGCAUGUUGCGCAGCGGUACCAGGAGGCGGAAGGAACAAGGAAUAUGCGAUGCAUCUGCUUCACAUGUGUGGCGGAAACAUUCACGAUGCGAUGCUUCGUCUAAUGCAACCAUCCCCGAACCUGCCGGCAGACCAUCCCCUCCUAGCCUACCAAUACAGUGAAAGCGACAAAUGGUCAUCGUUGGAAACCGAGGUCUUCCAUCGGGCUCUGCUCAAGUUUGACAAGGAUUUCGCCCGAAUUUCGGACGAGAUCAAAACCAAAACCGCAAAGCAGUGCAUCCAGUUUUAUUACGUAUGGAAAAAGGUCUGUUCAGACGAAUACGGAAGGCUGAAAGCGGUCAGGCAGUUGAAAAGGAACCACAACAAUUCGCAAAUGGAGAGCGACGAGAAACCGUAUCCGGACGUGAGAUUGUUAGGGAUUGCGGAUAGCGAAUCUCCAAUGAGGAAUUUCGCCUGCGAAUACCCAGACUGCUCCGCAAGUUUCAACUCGCGAGCGGCCUUGAACGGUCACAUCCGAAUCCACGGCGGAACGGCCCGGAAUUCCCCGACGCCGUCGUCGAUAGCGUCCGACAAACAACGGAACAUGGGCGGUCCGUCGUCAUCGUCGACGACGACGUCAUCGGUCAGCUCGACGAUCUGUCAUCCUGACUCGACCGACCAAGAGUACCCCUGUAAGAUAUGCGGGAAAGUAUUUAACAAAAUCAAGAGUCGUAGCGCCCACAUGAAAUCCCACAGGCCGCCCGACGCGGAACCGACGAAACGUCGCAACAGCGAAAAAGACACUAAGGACCUCUCUUCGAGCAGUUACGAACUUUCCGUGCCAAGCCCCUUUAGUAUGUAGUAGUUUAAAAUUGUUUCGGUACUAUUAUAAUUUUAUUUUUUUUCGGUAUGUAUCUACCUUAAUUUGGCCAUCGCCAUUAAUUAUACUAUAUAUAUAUAACACAAAAAACUUAAUCGAAACAUGGUCACGGGCAAUCAAAAUCGCGCAACAAGUAUGAGUCAGAUCAAAGAAACCUUAAACUUAUUAAGAAAAAAAUACACCGCAAGAUUUUAUAUAAAAGACAUUAAUUUAGCAAGCGAGAGAGAGAGAAGAAAAAAUUUCUAGGGUAUUUAAAAAACUUAAACAAAUAUAGGUAGAGUAGAAAAUAUAUAAGAACUUCAAUCCAUAGAGUACAGAGAUUUAUAUUUAAUAUUUAUUGGGGUUGUGUUACACGCUGCGCAUGCGCGGCGUCAGUGCCUUUCCGAUUGUCGAGUGAGACACUACACUAAGAAAAUUAGAGCACCCGGUACUAUCCAGUAAACUAUGAGACUAGCCGAGGUACCGUAAAUAGCGUCGGGUAACGUAUUAAGUGCUCAGAGACUUGCUAAGUGGACCUUGCAGAUUGCCCCUAAGUUCUAAUAUUUUGAUAAUAAUUUUUAAAAUAUUACCGCGUCUUUGUGAAGAAAUAUUUUUGGAUACUUUGUGGCCCCUUCUCUAAUAAUUUUUUUAAUACCACCUCGGAGUCUGUGUGUGGAUCUGAGAAUCAGAACGCUAAACAAUCAUUAAAGUAAUACGGACUAAUGGACAAUUAAAUAGAAUUUAAAACCGGUUAUCCAUAAUAUCUAUUAAAUACCCUUCCAUUAUUUCAGAUAUUUUCCUGUUUUUUUUUAAUUCCCUUCAUUUUCUUAUCAUAGUAAAAAAAUAAUCUGUUUCUAUUAAAAUUAAUAAAUGUUUUUUUGUCAUGAAAAAAAUCAAACUACAGCAAAAAAAAUAAUUUUAAAACGCGCAAUUCUAAGCACACAACAAAAACAGAUCAAAUGUUUACAAAGAACCAAAUGAUGAAAAAAGUUGACAAUUGUCUAUGUACAAAUCCACCAAAUUUCUAUUUCAAUUUUUCUUUUUUUAUAAGAUCAUCUUUCACUGGGUUUUUUUUGAAACCCCGUUUUUCUUUAGAAUUCUUUUUGACAAAUUGUUCCACUUUCAAUUCCACCUUUCUCUAUUAAGUGACAGAAACAAAAGUAAAAUUUCUUUUAAAACUAAACAUUUUAUUUGAGGUCUAUGAAUCUUGCUUGGUUUUUAAUACCUUUAGCAAGUCAAAUGGUCGAUUUUACUUGGUCCACUUUGCAAAUCGGUUUUCGCAUAAUAAAAACAAAAUGUGAGCAAUAAGAUCUGAACUCAAGUUGUUAAUCAAAAAUAUCAGAAGUAACAGAAAACGGCCAUAAUAUUAUUAACGAACUAUACGUAUGUAUUUUAAAUGACGCUGAUGUCGGUUGUUUGUCCCGUCGAAUGCCUCCCCUAACUUGUAAUUGGAUCGACGAUGAAUUGCUCAACAAUCGUACAUUUUAACAAAUUUUUCCGGUUUUUUUAUAAUCCUCGUAGCGGUAGCGCAGUGUAGAUAGAUACCAGAAACUUCUAGACUUAAAACUAUAAAAGUAAGAGACGUUAUUUUAAUAAAAAAAUAAAUAAAACGGUACUAACUAUUCUAUACGAUUUAACGUUUAACUUGGUAGGUAUAGGAAAAAUGUAUGUCAAACUAUUUUAGUAGGUUUCAAUCUCCGUUCAUCGAACAAUGCAGUCCAUUGCAAUAGUCUGUGAUUGAAUCUUAACAGUUAGCACAAAAUACAUUGUGGUUUUGUUAUUGGCCUCAUUCAAAUUGAGUUAACAAUUUCGGUUAAGAUUUAAGGUUGGUUAUUAUCAGUAAAGCUACACCCGCGCGGUAACAUUGCCAUUUUUUCCUUCUCUUUGUUUCCUAUUUUUAUUUUCGAGGCAAGGUGAACGAGAAGAACUUGUUAAUUAGUUCAAAAAAGUUCAAAAAUAUAUAUAUACUGAAUUAUCCAGUUACUAGACAAAAUAGAUGAAGUGAAGGGAGAUUUGAGUGGAAACUAGUUAUUGAGUUUUGCGAAUUCAAAAGCCAUAGUAGCAGAUUAAUGGGUUAUGAUCUCUUGGCGCUGAAUGGACUGCCGACUAUAUUAUAUUGCGGUAGGUUUUCUACUACGUUGCAUAAAUGUGCCAUAUAUAUAUCCAGGGCGGGUCGUCCGGGGCAAACGACUGGCGUCAGGGAGGUUUUUUUUUGUACUCAAAAAAAUGGCGCCACUCCGCUCAAAAGGAAGCGCCACCUUUAACUCUGUGUUGUGAUCUUUUUAAAGUCUAUUACUAUGAAACUAUAUCUAUAUUAAUACUUAAUAAUUAAAUAUUUGUAUAUGUUAUAAUGUAUGUACGAUAUUAGAUUUUAUUAUUAUUAUUACAAAUUUAGAAGCCUGCGUUACAGACAAGUAAGGGUUCGAAGGCGUUUUUAAAAUAUUGCGCGAGGAAACUGACAAUCUCCAUUUAUUUUACGUAAUCUCUCGGUUUGAAUAAUGUCGUCUGCUAUGUGUUUCGGUAUUCGGUGAAUGGGUCUUAGGGACUUUAACACGCUAUGUUAUUAUUAUAGGUGGUAAGCGCUUAUCGUAGAUAGAUAUCAUUGUUACAUGUGUUUGGAACGCAACCAUUUUUCCGCGUUUUGUUGUAACAUUACGAACUUUACAUCGUCUUAGCAAUGUACACGGCUUCAGUAUUAACUCAGAGCAAUAAAAACUCGAAAAUCAAUAACGAGCAAGUUCUGAAAAACUUUUACGAACAUCCUCAAUACUUUUUAUGCUCUUAAUAAACAGCUCGCACGAUGAGACUGCAGAAUCAGCACCAAGAAGCGACAAUUACAUUCAAGCUUAAUAUUUAUUAUAGCAUUGAAGUACAUCGUUAGUUGUGAAACCCAAAACAAUAUGUCGGAAAUAAAGUUUUCUGUAUUUCUUGCAGAUAAAUUAGUUUGUUAAAGUUUAAAUUAUGUUCUCGCUUCUGCGUGUAGUUUAUUCUGAGCUUACAAAAAAUGCGUCAACUAACCAAACGUAGUCUAUGCCAAUUUGGCGGCGGUGUUAGUUAUUUAUCUUAAGAACGUGCGGUGUUAGUUGUUUAUGUUAAGAACUUGUCUUCGCAUUUUCGCUCAAAAAUUGUGCCAAACGAACACGUUGAUUAAUCAUUGGCCGAUAUGUUCCAAAAAUUAUUGUAAUAUUACAACAAUAACUUUACCCCGGUGUAAUGUUUAGUGUUACCUUAUCCUUACAUUGGCUUAACGUGGGCUGCCAGACUGAGCCAAACGAUGGUAGUCUAUAGAUAUCAGGUGCUCAGAGCUAUCAAUUAAUUGUUGUUAUUCGAUGUACCUCCUAGAACUGACGGCCAUUUUGUUCCUCAACGACGCGUUUCUCGAGUGGUUUUUGACUUAGGUACUCGAUUGCAUUUUCUUUUUGUAUCAGGUUACCAGUAAGUGCAGCUCAAUGUUGUUUCGCAAAAUCUGUGGGUACUGUGUAUAGGAGCUUUUGUAUUUUUUAUGCGAGAAAUUUUUAAAAUAUAAACGAAACAGGGUAUUACCUACACAAAAUACGAAAAAAAGUAUGGAAACUAUCAGAAUCCGAUUUCUUCGCCUCGCAGAAUGCUGCUACCUUCCGACCUAAUGUUUUACCCUGAAGCAUCAGUUACAAUGUGCGACUCAAACCGGAACUAAUGUUUGUGUCAAUACGGUAUGUAAUAUUGUCAUUGGAUACGAUUCAAAGGGAACUCCAAUUCAGUUCUCCAGCAUAGACUUCAAGAGUGAGCAGUAUGGUAAAAGAUAUGACGGAAGAACUUUGUAAUAGUCUGAUAAAUUGGAUCUGAUGUCACAAAAAAUCGGAAUUAAAUGAAAUAAGGGAGUGAUCUUCAAAAAUAUAUAUGAAAAAUAAUAAAUUAUCUAUUGUUUACAGCUGAUUUUUACAUUUCAACUCAAGGUUAAGUUUUAUAUGUCACUUUUAGUUUGAGGUUACACACUAAUGGUCGGACAUUUUUUUCUGGACAGAUUCCGACUUUACCGUUUUCCAUACGUAUUUUACUCCAAAUUAAUCACAAUUUUAACACUGGCAAUACUUGUAGAUAAUUGACGUCCGAGAUGUCAACCAUUAGAUUAAAUUAGCAGAGAUGAAAAUAAUUUCUAAAAUAAGUUAUUAUGUCAGACAAAUAUUAGGUACUUUUUUUAGUUUUCUGGAUGGGUACUAGUAAUUAGAAAAUCAUAUGGAAAUUGUAUUUCGCUCUUUUGCUUCACAAACAAGGUAAGACUUCGCUAAUUAGUUAUUACUAUUUCUUCCUCAAAUGUUUUGUUCUCAUUUUUUGCUUAAAUUAAUUUUCAAUUAUUUAUGCAAGCAUUAAAUUUACAAUAACAGACUUUUUAUUAUUAUUGUUACGCUGCCGACGAACUUUAGAUAAAUAACUAUGUACAAUAAAAUACUUACAGACGUAAUUUCUUUCGAUAUUUGUUCGUUAACAAUUACGCUAAAUGUGCCUACAUUUUUUUAAAUAAAAAAAAAAUGACUUCACUUCAAUCAACGAAAGUAAAAUUGUUGCGCUUGUCUUCUUGACUAAUAUAUUAAUUUAGCACGUAUCUGUGAUUGGCGGUUCAUAAUUUGAAAAAAAAAUAGCAAAGCAAUGCGCUUCAAGUGCUUUUCGAUAAAACCCAACCAUAUCAACUAACGUUACAAAUAAUGAAACAAAACCACGAACUAUCAAAAUAGAUUGUCCACCCAUACAAUGGGCGUCACUUGUUAACGUUUUGUGGUGGUUUGAACAAACCCGGUGAAGGAUACGCGAAAGUGUCGAAACGUUGCUUCGAAAGAGUGGUGUUUUUAAUAAUCUAAUUAUUAAGCACCCCACGAAUGAGUAUUGUAGAGACAUAUACAGUACUAUAAACUAACAAUUGUAAAUAUUAAAAAAAACCGUACUUAUUGAUCGAUAUUAUUGUUUAAUUGGCAGAGGUUUUCAACUUGGUUCGUCCAUUUUAGAGUUUCUGAACGGCCUAAGUAACUACCUAACAGUAAAGGAAAAUAUUUAAAUGUGAUAAAUUUGUAAAACAAAAUAACCAAACGUAAAAAUGUCCGUCAGAUUCUUUAGUUAAAUAAUUAUACUCUGGGUUGUUGUAUGUCACUUGGCACUAUAUUCCAAUCAAUAUUCCGAAGUAAUCGUCAGUUUUUGGACACAGACCGGCCAAAUUGUCCCGCAGCAAAAAUAUGUGCCAACCCAAUAAGCUUAGCAAAACAAAAUAAUACCCAAAUAGUGUCACGUAACAUAUUUUAGUGUAUUAUUGCUUUGUAAAUUUGUAAAUAGACUAAUAUUAAUCUUCUUGUUAUAUAUUAAUUAAUGACCGUUAUUUAUUUAUUUAUUUAUUUAUUUUUAUUAACAUCAAUAUCAGAUCUGCUUUCGCAAAUAAGGCAAAUACUUAAUCAAAACGGAAUACAUAGCAACAUGUAAGGUUUGCAAUGCAAUGGCCGAUGAUAAGUUAUUAUUCUAGUCUAUUAUAUAUUGGCAUACACUUUAGAUCUCUGAUAUCAUUGCUGACUUUUUAUUUAUUUAUUAAUUUUUCCAUUCUGCCACCUAGUUGCCUGUUCUCUAUAUAUUUGUAUAAUACCAGAUCCUCGAGUGUUAGUACAUUAUUUUUUAUGUUAUAAAUGAUCACGAAAAUGUGUGAUAAAAUGAAACAAUAUAUCUAACGUAAUAAUAUAACUUAUCAUUUAAAAAAUAUCUAGGUAUACAAGCCAGGUAUUUGCAGACUUUGGUGUAUUAUCCUUCUGCUAAAUCAAAACAUACACAUAGUGUCUUACGGAAGCUCUGUGAAAGCAGAUCGUUUUUAUUUUAUAAAGCAAGCCGGAUUUGCAAAAAAAAAAUGUAAACUGUUUCCCAUCCGUACCUGAGGAACCAAGCCAUAUUUUAUUUUUCUGUAACCGCGUAAACUAUUUUCUUUAUCCUACCCUAUACUUAGUUUCUUCCCUAUGAAUGAAAAUCCGUUACUUACUAUGGUAACCUAGAACGAAUUUGUGUACUACUAUAUUUACGAUGUCUCAAUAAAAAGAAUGUGCUCAUUUUAUAUCAAAAAUAUGUAAAUCUUUCAAAUAAUGUCAAUAUGAAUGUAGCUCAACUUUCUAUUUUUUUGAAUAAAAUAAAUACAAUCUGUAGGAGUAUAGCGAAAAAUGCGUGUAAUAACCGUGUGUUCAAAAUAUUAAAAUAUAUUUAAGCGAUAUUGCAUUUAUAACAGACAAUGAAAAAUAGCGUAAAUUCUAAGAUCCAAGUAUAGAAGACGACCCUCCGUAUGUUCAAGAUUUCAGACGCCACACUCAACGAAAGGACAAUCCGCUAAAUUCGGAUCUUAUACAAAAUAAUGUUGUAAAUGCAAUAGGGAUUUAAUAUCUGUAGAAAAAAUUAUACGUUUAUUGUUCUUUAUUUUAAAUAUAUGUAGGUAAUGUUAUCGUUUUAACUUUUCUGUUGAAUAUUAUUAUUAUUAUACGGUAAUUUUGUUGAACUAAGGAUAUUUGUUGUUAAAUUCUGUCCAGAAAUUUCCAGAAAUAUGUUUAAGAAAGUGUAUAUGUAUAUAUACUUGUAUUGUAUGCACAAUAAAAUG